AUGUCUCGGGAACGUGACUCGAAUGUCUCUGAAUCUGAGUUGCUCUUACUGAGAUCAAGUGAUCUUGGAGCGCCGUACAGCGAAGGGCGUGUCAGAGAGCGUCGCGGGCUAGCCGCCGUUCGUUUUUGCCACGGCAAAAGCCGACCUGCCUCAGAGAAGGAUCAAGGUGGCUUGCAAAGGCAAGAGCACGUCUGUAUACAAGAUGUCUGUGCUGCAUGCAGCGCUAUCAAUCCCGUGCGCGUGAGCGACGAGGAUUCACUUGAUGAUUUCUUAAACGAUGUGCUUGCGAAGCUACGGAAGGUCGAGCCUGCUACAAUCGAACAGUGCAGCACGCAUCGUGGCGUUGUGCAGAUUUUGAUGGAGUUCCUAAACGUUCGCAGUGGCAAGUACUUUUGCGCACUCACGCCCGAGAUGGAGGAAAAGCUAAGCCCAACGAGCAGUAACAACCGGAGUGCCCAGGACGGUGUUGAUCUAGAGCACCCAGUCUUGCGCUGCUCUUUAAAUCGCACGCUCUCAGAGCGAUUUGCUGCUAGAGACUCGGUGUGUUAG